UGUUUAGAGGAAGGGCUCAUGUGAAGGGGCGGUGUUUUCUAAGUUAUUUAAACCUUCGAACCAACCUAGAGAGCAAGAAUGUUCCCUGCGUUAUCCUAGAGUUGCGCUACGAGACAGGUUCCCCUUUGAGGACACAUCUGCUUGCACUUUUAAUAUUUAAACAGCAACAAACUCUUUUUGAAACAGUAGGCUACUUAUUUAGUGGUUAUUCCUAACAUUCAUCCCAGAGGAAUGGAUUUUGAUUUACCUCCUUCUCUCCCCGUGAGCGGUAUCCAGUGGGAAAGGGUGCUCCCUCCGUUAUUUCCCCGGGUAAAUGGGACGUUUGGACCAUACUCGUGGACCCCGACCGAAUUUCUCAUCCCAGUUUCCGAGCAGACCGGAGCAGCACAGGUUACCUGUGAUCACAAUGGAUUUACUGUUCAGGUUGAUGUGAAACACUUCAGUCCUGAGGAGUUGCUGGUUAAAGUAGUGGGAGAUUAUGUUGUAGUGGAGGGAAAGCAUGAGCAAAGAAAGGAUGGUUCAGGACUGGUGACGCGCCAGUUUAAUCGCAGAUAUCGGAUCCCAAAUGGAGUGGACAUCAUGGCUCUGGAAUCAGCGAUGUCACCGGAAGGAAUGCUUGUAAUCUCGGCACCUCUGCAACAAGGGGAGAAUUCCAGACUAUUGAAUCACACUGGACCAUGAUGUGUACACACAGACACACAUAUGUCUGUGUGGUGUCUUUUGUGUUCAUUUUUAAACGUGUUAAUGCAAGGCAUUAAAAGGUCUCAUCUCGAAUACAAGGGCAGACCAAAACAGACCAAUUCUCACUUCCUCUUGUGGUGGCAGAGUACCUCACAACCAGCUUCAAACAUCUGAUUCAAAGCCAACGAAGUAGAUUCUCUUGUUUAGCACACAAUCUGCAAGUCCAACAAAUGUAUCCUUAUAUUAACAGGUUCCUUUGAUCCAAACACACUCAUACACAGUCAAAUACACAAACUCAUGCUCAGAAUGAAUUUAGUGUAUGUACAGAGAUGGGCCCAUCUAAGAUUAUCCUGUGUUGUAUCAAAUUUACUCACAAAUUGCUAUGUUGAGAUUGUAUAUACUUUUAAAUAAUCAAAUGAUAACAUAAGUGUUAAUAUCAUGAAUUAAUUUGUGUGAUGUACAGUUUGAAUAUCAAUAAAUAUAAUGUGACACCC